AUGGAGCUCAACGACAUACAAGAUUCAUUCGAGAGGGCUGCAAAGAGGCAAAAGCUCUCGUCAUCCAAAUCCGAGGAGCUGAUCGACCAACUCAAGCGUGAAAUCGAACAAGCUCUGGCAAGCAUAGCACCGGACAAUGACCCUCCAAUUCCCGUCGAUCUCAAGGAAACCCUAGUCGAUCUCAGGACGAAGCUCCAGGCAUUUGUGGCCUCACUCGAUAGCCUGGGGGAAGUCCAGAAAGAGCCGAGCACAACCCUCGCCAAGCACCAGAAGUUGCUCGAGCAGACUUUCCACCCCGACAUAUCUCAGGCGUUAUUAGUAAAAGUCGAUUUCGCUCCUGAUGCCAUGAACCAGGUCAUCACCGCCCACCUGUACCGGGCUGGCCUGUUUGACGUCGCAGACAGCAUGGCCAUGGAGGCACCCGGCGGGCCCGAACCCGUCCCCCUGAGGCCUGAUUUCCAAAAACUCCACCAGAUGCUCGAUGCCUUGAGGCGCAGGGAUGUGGGCCCCGCACUCGGCUGGGCCUCGGCAAACCGAGAAUCAUUGGGUAACUCCAGUUCGACAAUCGAGCUAAAGUUCCACGAGCUCCGAUUCUUCCACAUCCUGCAGAACCUGACCAGGACAGAUGCACUCGAGUACGCCCGGGCCCACGUGGCCCCGUUCGCGACCCGCCACAUGAAGGACGUUCAGAAGGUCAUGGGGAGCCUGCUGUGGGCCGGGAGGCUCGACAAAUCCCCCUACGCUGACCUGGCCAGCCCGGCUAGCUGGGACAGGCUGGCAGGUGAGUUGACUCGGAUGUUCCUGAGUUUUCUAGGGCAGCCUUUGGGAGACCCGCUGGACGUGGCCGUGCGGGCCGGGGUGGAAGGCCUGCCGACUAUUCUGAAGCUGGCGAGCGUGAUGGAUGUGAAAAAGCAGGAGUGGCUGGGAUUGAAGCAACUGCCUGUGCCGGUCGAGCUGGGUGGGGAAUUCCAGUUUCAUUCGGUUUUUGUGUGUCCUGUGAGCCGGGAGGAAGGGAGUGAGGAGAACCCGCCCAUGAUGUUGACGUGCGGGCAUGUGCUGUGCAAGCAAUCGAUUCUUAAGAUGUCGAAAACAAACACUCAGAGCUUCAAGUGCCCGUAUUGCCCUAGGUACAUGUCGUCCGUACAUUGCAAGCGGCUGCACUUCUGA